AAGAGGAGGAAGAAGACGAAGAAGGACGAGCCUCGCCAUGGAGCAGCGUUCCUCUGGAACUCCGACGAAGACCGCGAAAGGUGCGACGGCCCAGCGAAAAUCGAGACACAGUCGUCGCACCGGUUCGCCUGCCCGGAAAGCCUCGAAGCCGAAAAAGCACCGGGAACCGGCUGGGCAGCCGGCUGCGCUCGACGCGAGUCCGCGCACCGCCGCCCAAGACAGCCCCGCGGACUCGCGCCCGGGUCCUUCGCCCAAGCGUAGCGAUUCCAUUGGCAGCAACUCGCUGGCUCGCAUGAAAGACCUGGCCCUGACUGGCCGGGAAGACCAGCGUCGCCCCUCCGAGUCGUCAUGGCGGCGUGCGAAGGUGGCGGGGCUGUCGUGCGCCCGCACCGCGACUCCACUCUGUGUCUUUUGUGUGGCGCUGGUCGGUGCCGGCCUGCUCACCGCCUUGAUCCUCGGCUCGUCAGCAGCGCGCAAGGCCCGUCAGAUUGCCUUCCAGAACAAAGGCUGCACGACCAGAGGCUGCCAGGAGCACUUGGAGCACCUGUCCAACACCCUCAACAAGACCGUAGACCCGUGCUGGGACCCGAUGGCCUACGUGUGCGACAAAGUGCGCUGGCGGAGCGAGAUCGUAAGGGACGCGCUCACCGACACGCUGGUGCACUGGUACGAGCUCGGCGCCACCUUCCUCGAAAAGCAGCGAAGACCAUCGCCUGUGUCGGCGCUGUACCAGGGUUGCGUCUCUCGGAAGGGCCACACCUACGACCGCCUCGAAGAGGUUCUGUCGUUCCUCAUGGACCGCGGACUGCACUGGCCCCAACGGGUGACAGGCGUGGGCGCCAACAAGCACGCCCUGAACGUCAUCCUCGACCUCCUCAUCAACUGGGGCGUGCCCUUCUGGCUCGAGAUAAGCCUGAAACAACUGCCCGGCCACACCAGGUACAGCCUACACAUGGCCUACAGCGAGGUCAGCGUCCACCGUGCCAAGUGGCUCAACUACUCCAAAGCCUACGGCAAGCGGCUAGAAUACGUGCGUUCCAUGUACAGACUGUACGGGGCCGGAGACACGCCGCUGGCCCAGUUGCGGGACCUGGUGGCCGACGAGGACGCGUGGGUUCGCGCCGUCACCGAUGGCAUCGCGAGCUCCAACCGCGUCAUCAUGAAGCUGCGGUUAGCCCACCUCGACCAGCUCACUCCGAACGUGAGCAGCCGCCGCUGGCUGGACUACCUGAAUGAACACCUGCGCCCGCACCGCCUCUCACCGGACGACAAACUGCUGCUCGUCGACAAGAUUGUGAGCACCGUGACCAACAACCUCUUCGAGAGGUCGCAACCUUCGUGGCACGCAACGUCUAUCCACUACAACGUUCGCAAGCAGCGCCGAAGUGCAGCCAAACAGUUCGUGCGAAUCCGCAAUGCGAAAACGUCGACGCAGCGCUGCCACGAGGAGGAAGAACGCGCUGGAUGUUUGUCGAGCAGGGCGAAAACGUCCGGCGUAAGAAGAAGAGGAGGAAGAAGACGAAGAAGGACGAGCCUCGCCAUGGAGCAGCGUUCCUCUGGAACUCCGGAGAAGACCGCGAAAGGUGCGACGGCCCAACGAAAAUCGAGACACAGUCGUCGCACCGGUUCGCCCGCCCAGAAAGCCUCGAAGCCGAAAAAGCACCGGGAACCGGCUGGGCAGCCUGCUGCGCUCGACGCGAGUGCGCCCACCCAGCUCGCACCCGCCGCCCAAGACAGCCCCGCGGACUCCCGCCCGGGUCCUUCGCCCAAGCGUAGCGAUUCCAUCGGCAGCAACUCGCUGGCUCGCAUGAAAGACCUGGCCCUGAGUGGCCGGGAAGACCAGCGUCGCCCCUCCGAGUCGUCGUGGCGGCGUGCGAAGGUGGCGGGGAUGUCGUGCGCCCGCACCGCGACUCCACUCUGUGUCUUUUGUGUGGCGCUGGUCGGUGCCGGCCUGCUCACCGCCUUGAUCCUCGGCUCCUCAGCGACGCGCAAGGCCCGUCAGAUGGCCUUCCAGUACAAAGGCUGCACGACCAGAGGCUGCCAGGAGCACUUGGAGCACCUGUCCAAUACCCUCAAGAAGACCGUAGACCCGUGCAGGGACCCGAUGGCCUACGUAUGCGACAAAGUGCGCUGGCGGAGCGAGAUCGUAUCGGACGCGCUCACCGACACGCUGGUGCGCUGGUACGAGCUCGGCGCCACCUUCCUCGGAAAGCAGCGAAGACCAUCGCCUGCGUCGGCGCUGUACCAGGGUUGCGUCUCUCGGAAGGGCCACACCUACGAGCGCCUCGAAGAGGUUCUGUCGUUCCUCAGGGACCGCGGACUGCACUGGCCCCAACGGGUGACAGGCGUGGGCGCCACCAAGCACGCCCUGAACGUCAUCCUCGACCUCCUCAUCAACUGGGGCGUGCCCUUCUGGCUCGAGAUAAGCCUGAAACAACUGCCCGGCGACACCAGGUACAGCCUACACAUGGCCUACAGCGAGGUCAGCCUCCACCGCGCUAAGUGGGUCAACUACUCCAAAGCGCGCGGCAAGCGGCUGGAAUACGUGCGCACCAUGUACAGACUGUACGGGGCCGGAGACACGCCGCUUGCCCAGUUGCGGGACCUGGUGGCCCACGAGGACGCGUGGGUUCGCGCCGUCACCGAGGGCAUCGCGAGCUCCAACCGCGUCAUCAUGAAGCUGCGGUUAGCCCACCUCGACCAGCUCACCCCGAACUUGAGCAGCCACCGCUGGCUGGACUACCUGAAUGAACACCUGCGUCCGCACCGCCUCUCACCGGACGACAAUCUGCUUCUCGUCGACAAGAUUGUGAGCACCGUGACCAACAACAUCUUCGAGAGGUUCAGCAACGCAGCCAUCCUGGAGCAGGUCGCGUGGCGCUUCAUCCAGGACUACUCGUACGCCAACUCGUACGCCGCCGCCGUCGCCACGUUCGGCAACAAAGAAGCCGUGGCUCGCUUCAGGCCCCGCAAAUGCUACUCGUUCACCGAGAGCCGCUUCCAGAAGUGGCUUUUCGUGUGGAGGGUCGGUGAACAGCUGCAGCCGCCCUUGCUGAGCACCGUCAAAGCCAUCUUCGACGACUUGCGCAACACCACCCAGCGGCUGCUCUCCGACGCGGCGCCUUGGAUAGAUCCGGCCGCCCGAAUCGAGGCGGUGGCCAUAUCGCAGCGGUUGCACCUAGAACCGUACUGGUCGCUGUUCGGUGCCGAGGGAUUCAAACCGAUGCUGCCUCCCAGCGCCAUCCACAAGUACCUGGACGCCUUCCCGAGGCAAUUUUCAUCGCCACUGAAAGGCUGGAUGCAGGCUGCCGACCUGCACCGUCGCACGUUCCCCGGCUGGCCCCUCAACGACUCGCUGCUGCACCGGCACGGCGAGUACGCGUUCCCGGUGCAGUACGACUACUGGUGGAACUCGGUGUUCCUGCACCUGGCCGUGGCGGCGCCGCCAAUGUUCUACACGGACGCGCCCGCUUCGGUCAACUACGCGGCCUUCGGCACGGCCGUGGCCAGGCAGCUGGUCAGGGGCUUCGACCCGCAGAAGGGCGCGUUCCUGGACUCCAACAGAACCGUGAGGAGCUGGAUGUCGAGAGCCACGCGCGAAGAGCUGCAGAAGAAGAUCUCGUGCGCUGGCGGCAGCUCCUCCGUGCUCAUGGACGUGGCCGCCGCCCAGGUCGCCUACCGGGCCUUUCAGGAACACCGAGCGGCCGAGCCAAGACGCUACGCCGUGAGCAAGGACAUCUCGCUGACGCCGGACAUGCUCUUCUUCGUGACUCUCUGCCGCAGCCUGUGCGGCCGGGGUGAACUGUGUCCCAAGGUGCUGAGCAACAUGGCUGCGUUUAGCCGCGCGUUCUCCUGUAAACCCGAUGCGCCCAUGAACCGCGCCGACAAGUGCUCCUUCUUUGAGCAGGCGUGACAUCUUGCCAAAUAUGGAACAGUGGUGGCCGAGUUCCUUCAAGAGGCACCAUUCGUUUGUAUGCCCAUAGCGUUUUGCAUCAGAGUUUUAUGAAUUGCAAAUAACGUGCGAUAUAUGAGUACAAUUUUGUGCUCUUUUUUUUAAAUACUUUGCCUGAGCUCACGGGGGUUGCAAUGUGGGCUUGUUGGUAAUGUAUCUUCAAGGGCAGUACGGUAGCGCGAUUAAAAGAUGGGACAAAGAAGGCACAUAGGGACAAGCGCAGUUCUUGAUCAAGAUUUCAACGUACGAAAGAUGUUGCGUUCCAUGCAGCUCAA